AUGUCACAGUUUUCCCGCAUUCCACCUUCCCUUUCAUUUCCCCCUCUCGUCCCGCAUCGUCCACUCUCCCCGUCUCGCUCUCCCUUUUCCACCGUCUUUCUUUUCUCAAAUCUUGACGCAGCUGAGUUCAGGCAGCGGAAACGAGCUGUUGUGACAGACAUGAUGCGCAAGAUGCAGGUGGAUAGGGACCCGGACAUGAUGCGCAAGAUGCAGGUGGAUAGGGGUGCUAUCAAGCCAACCGACCCCGAUGUUCCCCUGUUCGCCUACACCCCUCCCUCCCUUGCUCCCCCCAUUUCCCCUUCCACCAGACCCGGACAUGAUGCGGGCCAACAUUAUGUGUCCGGGACUCACAUCCCCGGGAGGGAAAUGGGCGACGGCAUUCCUGUAAACUCCCCGGUGGCCAUAUUUGCAGAGGGCAAGGAGAACGCUCUAGCGAUUGGAUACACCAAGAUGUCAUCAGAUAACAUUCGCAAGAUCAACAAGGGCAUAGGCGUCAUUUUAAUGCACUACCUCAACGAUGGGCUCUGGAAG